AUGUCGGACUCCCAGCCAAAAGAGAAGAUGUCACAUAAGCAAAAUAAGGACAACAAUAUUCUGAAUCACGCUCUCGAAGGUGGAGCUGUCGGCGCCACAAAAAAUGCCAUUCAUUAUGCCGUAAAAGUUGGUGGCCGACGUACCAACGUUGUCAAUGUUUUUGAUAAGACCGUCAAGUCAGCUCGCGGGAAUCCAAAGUGGUUUGCGAGAGUCGACGCCCCACACGGAAAGGUUCCAUUUCAUCAUAUUAAUGUGAAUAAGGCAAUCACUGGAGUCAAAGACCCACACAUUAAAAUUUCCGGAGCCUCUGCGCAAGCUGCUGGAGCUGCUGGUCAUGUUCUUAAUGUAAUUAACAAAGUCGCUCCAGUGGUUAUGGUCGCUUCUGUGGCUUAUGAUGCCUAUCAAAUCGGCUGUGAAGUCAAAAAAGACAUCGAGAACCAUUCAAGCCGUAACACAAUUGAAAAAACGGUAUCGACUUUGGUAGCGACUGCUGCAGGAUUUGCUGGAUGUGGAGCAGGUGCCGCCAUCGGAACAGCAAUCUUCCCUGGUGUUGGAACUCUUGUUGGUGGAUUGAUCGGCGGAAUCUUCGGAGGAGUUGGAGGCGGAGUCGGCGGACAAGUGGCGUCAGAAGUCGUUCUGGAGGCCAUCACUACGAUAUUGAUGACUGUUGGUGCAAAAAGUGCGGCCAAUACUUCCAGCACCGCCGCUAUCAAGAGGGACCGAGCCAGGAAUAUUGUCAUUCUUGUCGUUAAUUGUUAUUUUGUUAUACUUGUUAACUUUUUAUCAAUAAAAAUAUUGUUUUUACUUGAAAAAUGA